AUGGGUAUCCUGAGGCUAGUCCCAUCAGAAGGUAUACUAGCCAAGAAUGCAUCUUCAUCUAGCAAGCUUGGCACAAUUUCAGGCGCCACCUUUUCGUCAAGCCAGACAUCCACAAACCCUCAGACUCAGGAUCAAACGCUGCAAGAUCACCGCCAGUCCUGGCACGACGCUCGUUGUCGAAACUCAUCAUCACCAAAACCCUUCAUCGCAACCCUUGAACCCAUCGACACCUCGCCGGAGGAGCGAGUGCGAAGUAUUCUCUGCCAAAAGGUUCUCAUGCUCGCCGCCAAGCUAUUUCCAGAAGCCGGCUCUUCGGACGAGCUGCAGGUUGAGUAUGUGGGCGACGGCUCGUACCAUCAAGUUCUUGGAUUCUCAGUACCACGACUGAAGAUUGUAGACUGUAAUGCGGAAGAUGAAGGCCGAUUUGUGAUCGAACGAGACAAGUACGUCAUCCGGAUACCGCGAGACAGUACAGGAAUGCUGCGCGAUAUUGCCGUUCUCGCAGGCCUGCAAGGGCGACUUCAGAUACCGAUUCCACGCGUGAUUUCUUUCGACGUGAGUAUAAAUAACAUUCUAGGUGCACGGUAUACGCUAGAGACUCGUUUGAGGGGUCGUUCACUAGAGGAUCUGGUCAGGGAUGACAGCUCCAAUGAGCAGAGCGAAUCUGCUUUGCAGCAAGUCGUCCAGCUAGUUGAGAGUCUGACCGAGUUUACUGCGCCGUAUGCUGGUUCGAUUGCCGAAGGCUUUAGCGACGCUGCCGAGAAGGGUCUUUGCUCGAGCCGUGUACCGAUCAAGCCUUUCCAUUUCCCAUUCAACGCAUCGUCUCUUACAUCGCUGCCCGACCAAACACCGUUGACGUUUAUGCUCGCAUUGAUCGAUCUCUGGCUGGAAUAUGAACGGGAAUUCUACCCAUACGAGAACAACUUUGCCCCAUGGAGUAAGAACAAGGCCAUCAUACACUCACUGCAGCGUCGUGAUCUGCUGGGUCAUAAGUUCCAUCUCUCGCAUGGCGAUUUGGCACCUCGCAAUAUAUUGGCCGAAAUCUCGAAUGAGUCUUCGAUUGAGAUAACCGGCGUCGUCGACUGGGAUUUUGCCUGCUUUGCGCCGAAGUUCUGUGCGUACAAAGCCCCCCUGGACUUGUGGAGUGAUGGCGAGGACAAUGCCAUUGAGGUUUGUACUUCAGAUCUGAUCGAUGGUUUCAAGAAGACCGCAUCGGCAGAGUAUGUCAGGUAUGCGUUCUCGAUGGAGGCGAGAAUCGGACGGAAGAUUUGGGACACUGUUCGCUCAGGGAUGUUGGGAGACGAAAAACGCUGGUAUGCCUUGCAAAAUAUCUGGGACUGGGAGCGGCUUCACCCUGAAGACAAUAUGAGCAUAUUUUGA